CCCAUAUGUAAAUAUCCCCUAUUCGAUAACCGAAUAAAAUCGCCGUGCCUACUUAAAAUUUAUAGCUUGUUCAAGCUCCUUCCUAGGUUAAGCCCUAGCUAAUUGUAGGGCUGGAUAUCGAAAGCGGGCUAACAGCUUUAUCGACUACAAAUGGAUUAGUGAGGGGCAGAUAGCCGGCAGAAUUUUUUACUUGGUACCUGACCGCCCGGACCAUAUUGAUUUUUAUCGUUUACGAACCAGCUACAACCAUUCCGCAUUUACGCUACCGGCGCUGCUCACUUAACAGUCGUACCCAUUGAAUAAGAUUCGGGAGGCGAUAAUGGCAAAGAAGCGCGCAAGAGAAGCGGAUGGCGCCGCUGCGGCGCCCGACAAGAUGGUCGAGGACGGCGACAGCUCGGACGAUGACGACUUCGACAUGGUCAACGUGGAUUUCGAGUGGUUUAACUUCGACCCCGAGAUCGACUUCCACGGGACGAAAUCGCUGCUGCGGCAGCUCCUCGACGUCGACGCGGCGCUGUUCGACAUCUCGGGGCUCGCCGACCUAAUCCUGUCGCAGCCGACGAUCGGGUCGACCGUGAAGGUCGACGGCAAGGAGACCGACGCGUACGCCUUCCUGACCGCGCUGAACCUGCACGAGCACCGCGAGAAGAAGCCGAUCGCCGACCUCACGAGCUACAUCACCCAGAAAGCCGGGACGAACCAGGCGCUGGCCGCCAUACCAGAGCUGCUGUCUUCCGGAAAGCAUGUGGGUCUCGUGCUCUCGGAGCGCCUGAUCAACAUGCCCUCGGAGAUCGCGCCUCCUAUGUACGGCAUGCUGAUCGACGAGAUCGAGGCCGCGGUAGAAGACAAGGAGCCCUACGAGUUCUCGCACUACUUGAUCAUCUCCAAGACCUACCACGAGAUCGAGUCGACGCUCGACGUCGAGGAGAGGAAACGAAAGAAGGGGAAGCAAGACGCGACGCUGUUCUACUUCCACCCGGAGGACGAGGUAUUACAAAAGCACGCGGCGGCGUACGGCAGCUACGACUUCACCAAGAUUGACGAGGCCAUUGCGGAUAGCAAGAGGGCCUUCCAGGAGAUGGGUGUCAUGCCGCGUGGCUUUAUGAUAUUAAUUGAGGCUAGCAAGUUCGCAGAUGCGGCGAAGGCGAUUAGCGAGUACUUGAGUCCCCCGUCUUAAAAAUAAGUCAAAUCGCAAAUAAAAAGAUAUCCACCAGAUCCUUUAUUUUAUCUUUUCCGUGUCUAGCCCAUAUGGUCCGCUUAGCCCAGCCGCUGCAUUAGAUAUUCGACCUCGACCUCUUUCGUUAUGGGGAUGACGAAGUCCCUGUACAUGGACACUACGGCUUCCACAUUGAUCUUACCGGUGUUGUCCGAGUCGUUCGUAGACGGAUCCGUGCCGUAGGUCCGUGCCUUCAGCCCUAGUCGUGCCAGAACCUGCUUCUCAACCGCCGCGUUCGUGAUAGACUC